GCGUUCUACAGGUUUUUGCUUUUUCCUCUAUCUACAACAAAAAGUACCGCCGAGGAGAUUACGGUGAAUAGCACAGUAAGGGGAUGAUGAGAACGCUAUCUUAUUUUAUUUCACACACGUUAUCGUGCCGUUAAAAAGCUCGUAGUGGAUGACUGAAUUGCUUAGCAGCAAUACGUAUCGAGAAUCUGACCCUCUACUCCUCUUGUCACAAGUACUUCUCUCCUAUUAAGUUGUCGUGUGCGCUGAAGUAUUCUCUUGUUCUUGGAGGAAAAAAGCAACAACUACAACUCUCUGGAUUCUUUGAGCUCUUUCAAUCUCAGUGCUAUCCUCAUCGGUUGUCGAAGACUUAUGCUCUGUCGGUUGACGUUUCUAGAAUUGCGCUGCCGUUCGAGAAAUAAUGAAAUGCAUAUGAUGAGAAUGCUCUUUACCUUUACUACACACCUCUCUCGAGCCGUUAAAAAGUGCGAGGGAUGGAUGACUGAACCGCUUAGCAGCAAUACGUAUCGAGAAUCUGAAGUGCCUUCGGUGACGUGUGUGCGCUUUCGGUAAAAAGACAGUUAUUAUUAUAUUGCUUCACGGCUUUUUUUUUUGCGGAGUUCGAAAUGGUUUUCUUUUUACAUAUUGUGCGUGUUGUUGGUUAUCGUGAAGUCGGGCGACUACAGCUCUCUGGAUUCACUCUGGCCUUUCAAUGCAUGUGUUAUCCUCAUCGGCUGUCGAAGAUCUUCCCGUGUGUUUCGUGUCUCGACACACGACACGUUAGUGGAGCUAGCCACGUCUGUGUGCUGAGCAAAGGAGUUUAGUCGCUUCUUUCUAUGCUCUUUACGCUGUAUAGGUUUAGCGAGAUCGCACCCUCUUUCUCUUGUGUGCAUGUUGUCGUUGCGUGCUGCAUCGUGUCGAAGCUUGGUCUGCUUUGGAUCUGCUUGCCAUUUUUUUUUUGUUGCCUGAAGCGUCUUAUCCGCGAUGAGACGGCGCGUGCUCUGUGGUCUUGCAAGAGCACAAGAAAUGAAGAAGACGGUUAGGAAUCACUCCACCGUGUCGCAAGUAACGUCGCGCUACGUGUCCUUGUGCGUGCGUAUGUCUCUGCUCUACUCAAAGAACGCAUCUUUUCCGUGCAUUUCGAUGCGUAUUGGAAGGAAAGAAAACUGCUAUAUAUUUAUUAGUGUGCCAGGGCGAUGGCAGCUACUGUUGUAACGCGCGUAUAUGUUUCUCUCUUUUUCGCCCUUUUGAACCGUGACUGUACUUCGUGUUGCCUCGCCACUGCCGCGUCUUUUCUCCCUCCCCCCCCACACCCCUCGUACUCCACGGGGCUUUUGGCGCAUCUGCUAAACAAAUGAAAAACAAUUAUGUGUCUGCAUCUCUGACUUUCAUCCCGUCCUCUUCGGUGCGUACUGCAACAGUAGUUGCCUUACCUCUUUGAGUAUUCGUAUUUUUCCCUUUUCCAUUCAUUUUUGUCUUUUCAUCAUCUUUCUGCAUCAUCGAAUACUGUGAGAUCGAGUUUCGCCUGAUUCAUUUGCAUUAGAAAUUCUAGUGCACCUGGCCAAAAACAACAACAACUAUAUUUAUAUUAUUCGCCUUGUUUACUCGCUUCGUACUUGGGUAAAGCCCCCAGCACAUCCGUACACACACAAUUAAAGCAAAAGAAACAAUGUCCCACAAAGCACCUGAGUACGUGUCGCUCCGCCAGCGUACGCGCAACAACACCAGCGGUGCGAACGUGUCCCGCGUCCUGCGGGGGGAGGCGCCGGUGCGCGAGUGCGACGAGGUGCGCCCCAACGCGGGCCGCCGCCACGGCAACCCCCCGCACAACAACUUCGCGACGCCGCGCGAGUUCUUCAGCGGCCCGCGCCAGCCCCCGCGCCAGUCCUCCGGCAUCCGCCGCAACCCGGACGCGAACCGUGACUCCGUAGGCUACAUGUUGACGGACGAGUACUUAAUGACGGACAACGGCGCCAACGGCAGCGCGAACGGCGGUGGUGCGCAGUCCUACGGUGCGCCGGCGAAGCGCGGACAGGGUGCCUCACGUGCUCGCGACGCGCACAACGCGGCCAACAAGAGUGCAGCCUCUGCCCCCGGUGGCUACCGCGAUGGCCUGACCUACAAUUGCAUCGUCACGGCUCCUGAAAAGGAGUGGCACAGUGGUGUGAAGAUCACCCGGCCGCAGGACCCGAUGGACGCGCCGUACUUCGAGGACACGGACCCGCGCCCGGCCCGCGACGCCGCGCCGACGACCGGCAAGCGCCACGUGCGUGCGCCGUACAAGGACGCGAAGAUGUUCGGCCAGGUACCUCUGUUGAAGGAGGGCGAGGAGGGCUUCGACAACGGGCUGCCGCCCUGCCACAAAACGUCGAACAGGGCCAACGAAUCUGUCGAUGUGCUGAACCUCUACAGCUACUCCCCGGAGGAGCUGAGCGAGAAGCCGCAGCCGAAGCCGCAGCUCGGCCCGCGCCGGUUCGACGCGCCGGACGCGCCGCCGCGCCGGUCGCCGAUGUUCCGCCCCAUCAACACCAAGGCGAAGCAGGAGCACGACAUUCUCGGCACCGGCCGCUGGGGCGUCCCGGAGGAGGAGCACCCGCGGGGCUUGGCCCGUGGCAGCUGCCGCCCGCCGCGUAGCACGGCGAACCUGUUCAGCGGCGGCAUCCCGCCGGCCGAGGACAGCGCGGAGGGCGGUAGGGGAAAGAAGCGCGCCGAUCCGGUCUUCAAUGACGCCGACCGCCCGCGCAAGGCGCUGUCGAAGAAGAACGCCGGCACGCCCGACCUGCUCCGCUACUAUGACCCCACCGUGGACCCGAAGCCGGCGCCGAGACCGACGAAGCGCAACGGCCAGCGUGUCAACCAGGAGACUCACGAGCCGACGCCCUCUGAGACGCGCCCGACCGGCAAGGGUCGUGGCGAGUUCUCGAGCAGGAACCGCGGCUCGGUGAUCCUGGCCUACGCGUAA